GGCGGGACGCGUCGACUUUUGCCACAUUUCCCGCGAAAAUUUACGUAUUCUAUCGCCGCUACAAAACAUUCUAUUAUAUUCUGACAUAGAAAAACGUUUUUCUUGUCAUAGUAAAUUAUGUUAAUGUGUGACAAUUCGCCUAUGUGUAUUUUUGGUCGUGUUUGCUAAAAGCUUUUAGUGAUUUUAUUUGUAAAGAAUCGAUAAGGCUCAGUGGCUCACGGAUUUUCCGAGGACUUAUCGUAUCAACGUAAGUUCAUUGACUAGAAGCCGAGACUAAAACGAGUUACUGCAGCUGGGAAUAGAAAAAUUUGCAGCUAAUAUCAUAUUUGUAUCAAGCUCUCCACCCGUACAUGUGAAAGUGAAUACUAGUCAAAUGUCAGCGUUGUACCGAUAGUGUCAGUGGUUUUGGAUGUGGCUUAUCGGAAGCUGAUCGAGCUGGCGUGGUACGGGGGAGGGGGGGCGAUGCAGGCGGGCGGCGGGUGGUUUGUGCCAUGGACAAUGGGGUUACAAAAGUUUGCAGUGGCGUUGCCGAUGGGCGGUGUGGUACCACUCGUGCCACCAAUGCUUGCGGCUCUGCCACCAGCCCCGCAGCCGCUUAGACUGCUCGCUCCGCCUUUGCAACACCAAUCGCAAAGAAAGGGCGAAAAGGACAACAACAAGAAUUGUAUACUAUCCUGCGAGAAAAGAAAAGCCGAGGAUUCGGAUGUUAACAAGGACCUAAAGAAGGCAAAACUAGAAACAAAGGCGUUGAAAGCGAAAAGGCCCGGCUUCACAGACGACCGAUACAACGAAACAUCUUAUUACAUUGAAAAUGGCCUCAGGAAAGUAUAUCCUUAUUACUUCACGUUUACGACAUUCACCAAAGGACGAUGGGUUGGAGAGAAAAUCCUCGACGUGUUCGCGAGGGAGUUCAGGGCUCAUCCCGCCGCCGAGUACGAAAGGUGCAUCAGAGCUGGUACUCUCACGGUCAACUACGAGAGAGUAGACCCCGACUACCGGCUCAAACAUAACGACUUGCUUGCCAACGUCGUCCAUAGGCACGAAGUACCAGUGACCAGCCAACCGAUCACCCUCGUUCAUAUCGACGAGGACAUUGUGGUUGUCAACAAACCAGCCUCUAUCCCCGUUCACCCUUGCGGUCGGUAUCGGCACAACACUGUUGUGUUUAUACUCGCUAAGGAAUAUAACCUCAAAAACCUAAGGACAAUUCACAGGCUCGACAGACUAACGUCAGGUCUCCUAUUAUUCGGAAGGAGUCCGAAGAAGGCGAGGCAAAUGGAACAUCAGAUAAGGAACCGACAGGUGCAGAAGGAGUAUGUUUGUCGAGUGGACGGCGAGUUCCCUGAGGAAGAAAUCGAAUGUCUGGAACCGAUAGAAGUGGUAAGCUACAAGAUCGGUGUAUGUAAGGUGUCACCGAAGGGCAAGGAUUGUUCAACAGUCUUCAAACGAUUGGGCUAUAACGUGGCAGCGAACACGAGCGUCGUUUUAUGCCGCCCAAAAACAGGCAGGAUGCAUCAGAUCAGGGUGCACUUGCAAUACUUAGGUUAUCCAGUCGUAAAUGACCCUCUAUACAAUCAUCCUGUAUUCGGCCCUAUCCGAGGAAAGGGCGGUGACACCGGAGGCAAGACAGACGAGCAACUAGUGAGGGACCUCAUCGCCAUACACAACGCUGAAAAUUGGCUCGGAGUAGAUGCAGCUGAUGACGACAUGCUGUUCUCUAAACCCGCUUCCGACGAUAAAGUUGGCGAGGAUGAAUGCGAAGGUCCUGCUUCAAGGGAAUCAUCACCCAGAUUAGAGUCACCGGCUCCUGGUUUGACACCAUCAACUAUUAUGACGCCGACAUUAGCGAGUCCAUCGAGCGCGUCGGAGGCUCCCGGCGGCCCGCCUUCCCCCGCACCCUCUCCCGAACUCAACGAUGACUCCAGUGACGCUAAGUCAGAAAAAGUGACAGUGGCUACCCAAACUGGCUGCUCACCAGCUAUUAUGCGGACAAGUUCUAACAACCCCGGCAGCGCAACCAGCAUGAUCGCUGGUUCGGCUGGCAGCUCUACCGGCGCAGACGCUCUCACGCCUGACCCGCACUGCUACGAGUGUCGUGUUAGGUACAGGGACCCAAGACCUAGAGAUUUGGUCAUGUAUCUCCACGCGUGGAAGUAUAAGGGGCCCGGCUGGGAAUACGAGACGGAGCUUCCACAGUGGGCCAGCAUCGAUUGGGAGGAGCCGGACAGUUCAUAGUUACAGGUCUUGACACCGCUGCAGAGGCGCCUCGCUUCAUCUCUAUAUAUAUCGAACAAACCAAUGAAGUGAACUUCGGACUCAACAACAAAGACGGUAUCGGUUAUAACAAUGUUUAAUCAAAUAAGUGUGAUCAUUGUAAUGGUGUUUUUGAUGAAAUACAAUUAUGAUGUAACGUAUUUUGUAUUAAAGUUAGUAGUAAAAUUAUCGACGUUAAUCUCGUGUUAAACAAAAUGAAAUACACGUUAGAUCUAGUUGAAGAGAUAAGGAACUAAUAAUUGAUAAUAUCAUAUAACUGCAAUAUAAUAAAUAUUCCAAGGAUGAAAUUUUAACAAAAUUAUGAUGUGAUGCAGUUGAAGAGACAAGGCGCUUUCUGUAGCAAUUCUGGGUUCUAACGAGCGAGAAUCCGAAUGUAACUUAACUAUCGUCACCGAUAACUUGGCUGUUAUAUCUCAAUGCUGAGGCAGUUUUGUAAUUUAGUUUUAAGUUUAGCGUAAGUGUAAAAUUAUUUUACAUGCAUUCAUUGCACUUUUGGUAUUUCGUUUUUAAUAUUUUUCUUAUCUUCCAUUAUACUAGUGACCCUCUUAGUACUUCGGUUUUUAUUUCAAUUAGCGUUUAAUGUUUUACGGCCUUAUAAACGUUACUUAGCGGAUGUCUAGUUAUUGAUUUCUCUCUCACUCUUUCUGUCAUUAUUGAUUUGACAUUCGAAAGAAGAAGAUAGCGUUGUUCAACUAGUCACCGCUAAACAACGUUUGUAAGUGAAGCCGUUAGAUUUUAUUUUAUCACUUCAGUUCCUAUCGGUCUAGGUUGUUACUUAACGCUUUUUCUAGCGUAGAGUUAAGGUAUAACAAAAAAUUUUGUAAAAAUAUCACUACCAUUUAAAUAGAUUUAUCGCUUAAACGAGGCAGGGUCUGAACCACGAUCAUAAGUUAAUAUAUCAUCAACGACGUUUUUCUCAUCACCUAAACGAUGGUCUAUUUGAUUAAUAUUAUCAUCAAAGUUAUCAUUUGAAUCAAAAUAAAUUAGUUUUUGUUUAUUCUGAAACAAUUCACUCUGCUUACGCGUAAGUCCGUUUUUUAUAUAGAAAACAUAGAUCAAAAUGUUAUAUAUUGAAAUAGAAUACGUUAGAGGAAAUGAUGACUGUUUAUCAGUCGUAUUAAAAAUUCGGACCACUGCUGUAUUUUAUUAAAAAAAAAAUCGUAAAUAGGACCACUGUUUAUAGAAAGGCUAUCCUUGUAAUAUAAAACGCGUUUACAAAUAAAUGCAUAAUUAGGGCGGAAUAAACAAUUCUGUGAGCGCUAGUGACGCUGCAACGUUUUUGGCUUCCAUAGUUCUGAGUAGACUGUAUAGGUUUCCUCGGAAAAUUUUAUAUGUAAAAUAAAUAUAAUAAUAGUGAUUUUUCACUUCAAAUCACAUCUUUCCCUUCACUAGUUCGUUGCCCUUCGAUCACGUGAUCGACGUUUGAAGUGUGAUAUGCAUUUAUUGAAUACAUUUCGCAAACAGAUUCAUCCUAUUUUAAAAAUACAUUGUUAUCGCGUCACCGAUAUGAUUUUGUUUCGUUUAUAAUGACCAAAGCAAUAGGUGUAUCCAAAGAAGGGUGUUUUAAUGCGAUGUUAUAUUCGGUUUGGUAGCAGAUCGAAGCAGCAGAUUGAAAGACAUGUAUAAGGGUUUUGUUUUGUUUUCAUAAUUCAUAAGUUUUGCGUGUUUCUAGACGAUAAGUGAUGCCAGCUUCAUUUGAACCUGUAUUAUUAUAAUAUGGAUUGUUUUCAACAUAUACCACGGAAUAAUAUUUAGAAAAAUAAAUAUACGAUACAUAGUUGCUGGUUUAUUUAUUAGAUAAAUUAGUUAGUAUUAAAAUAUAAAAGACAAUUCUUAUAACUCUAAAAAAUAUUUUCACGAGCUUUCAUAUAAAUUAAUUCUAUGGAAAAAUUAUAUAUUUUUCUUACUCGUAGCGUAGUUGUAGCGUGCGUACUAUCUAUAUAUUUAUUUAUAAAAUUGUACGUGUGUUUAAAGUUUACUUCGGAGUAAGUGAAAACGUUUUGUUUUUUUUUUUAUUUUUGUUUUUCACAUUAAAACCUUUUUGUUUGAUACUAUGACGUCAUGACAAAAUAAUUUACUCGUAAUCACUGCACUGUUGCUAUAUAAUUGUACGAAUGUAUAUAAGCUUCAUAUUGGUGUGCCAUUACAUUUCCCUGAAGUCGUUUUUCUUUACUACAAAUGUCGUAUUUUUCAAUAUUGGGAUCAAAUUUUGUAAGUAAGCUUCUAAUGGGAUUAAUUUAAAAAAAAAAAGUAAUAAGAAAAAAGCUCGACGCUAAUCGAUUUCAAUUUUCAUUUUAUUACUUCAACAAUAAAUUCGUUAAAUAUAAUUGAUUGCGUAAAAUUCUGUAUAAUUCUUCUUUACAAUGUCAUCGGUAAGAAUACUGGUUGAAUUUAAAAAAAAUAAAGGGUAGCGUGUAAAAAAAUAUUUAUAAUCUGUGGCAUAUCACGAAACGCGAAGCUGAUUUGACUUGAUAGAAGUCAAAUGAGCUUCACCAGUGAACAUUGUUGUAUUUUUAUAUAGUCGGUAAGAUUGUUCAUAUACAUUGUGUUAUGUGUAUAAUUAUAUGUAAUGAUGGCGAAAAUAACGAUUAUAUUACUGGCUGUACAAUAAUAAGACGUUGCGAUUUAUUGUCGCAGAUAAAAAAAAAAUUCAACAUAAUUUAUACAGCGUCAUUUUUUAAAUCAUUGCCUAUUAUAUAUUGUAUGUUUCGCUUUUUAUUGAACCUUUUCGUCGCCUCAUUUUAUUCGUUUAUUAAUAAGAAAUUUUCAUGUGCCUUCUCAAAAUAAAUUUUAAUAUAAAAUGUAAAAAUAUUUUUUUCAUUACAGUUGUUUGUAAUUGUUACAUGUUUUGAAAAUGUAGAUAUUAUAUUUGGCACGACGAUUUUAAUUGUAAAGUGUGACUAGAAUUUACCUGUUAUAUUGCCUUUCUAUUUAGAACAAAGACAGUUCUGACAAUUUUUUACUAUGGCAAGACCAAUAUUUAAUAAUAUAAACAUAUGAAAAGUAAUCUAUUAAUUAUUAAAGUUAUGUUUAAAAACUAAUAAUAUCAGCAAAAAUGGCAUAAAAAUUAUAUUAAAGUCAGAGACCCGUCUUUGUUCUAAGAUUUCGAUUCGAUUGUUCUAGAAAUCGAAACAAACGUUAAAUUUUGUUCUGGUCACACUGAAAUUCGAUUUCGGCACGAAUCAUUAUAGUAAAUAUGUUUUGCAUAAUGUAUGUUAUUUAUACUGUUAAUACUAACACCAAUGCGAUAUACAUAAAAGGUUUGUUAUUUAAAUUUAGAUUUUUUUUAUAAUUUGAACGACGAUGACAUGAAAGACAUUUUAUUUUGUAUAAGUAUUGGUAAUUAAGGUUAUAAUAGCGUUUCCUUCUUUAGAUUCGUGUUAUGAUAAUUCAUGUUUCCACUUAAAAUUAAUUAGAAUUAAAUUCAUCUUUGACA